UCCCUGUGCAACACUUUCGACACCUUGUAGAGUCCACGCCCACAACAAAUUGAGGCUGUUCUGAGGGCAAAGGUAUAACUAAUAUUUAGUAUACUUGGUGUACAUGGAAAUUCAGAGAAAAGUUAUUGUUUUGGAGCAUAUCUGCAGACCUUUCUAUUUUGGCUGCACGUGUUCAAGUCUGAGAAGAGUGUUGAUUUAUAAAGUGUCAUAAAUCAUCGUCUUGAAUUGCCUAUGUUAUCUAAAUCAAAAAGCAGGAUGUAUUUAUGGUUUCGCUAUGUUUAUUCCAUAACCAAAACAUUGAUAUUUUCAAUUUUUCAAUUGUUUCAUUUGGUGAAGCAUCUAUUUAUGAAAUGAAUUAUGGAUUAUGGCGUUGACUCCAGAGACCUGGGUCAAGUACAUAUCUUCGAGGUGCACCUGAUUUAGCUUGGAGUUUGCAAUGUUGGUACUAUUUCAUUGGAACUUUUCUUCAUGGCAAAAAUGUAUCAAGCAGUCAAAUAUUUUAAAGUAUUUGACAAUUGUAUUUGACCCCGGUUUGGCUAACCAUAAUUAGGUUUGAAAUAAUCAUUUCAUCUCCCCUAUCCUGGGAGGCUACAGUAGCCUGCACCGUACCAUAUGUUUUGACUGCUGAGUGGUUAUCUACCUAGCUUCCAAGGAACCGUCACGAUCUCUCACUUUAAUUUUUUUUUUUUAAAUCAUCUCAGUAUCACGUGAUCCAUAUCGCGAACGAAUGAGUUUAUGGUUAAGCUUAAAUAGGUAAUACAUUUCUACAUUGCGGCAUCUGUGUAUAAAAGCAGAGGAGAUCCUGCUUCACUUCACAUGCAGUUUUUCCUACAUCAGAUAAGUGCUUAACUGCUCUUUCUAGAAGGACGAUGCUAGUUCCAUGUUACCCACACUAUACUUUUAAUGGUACUUGACAGCAUUUUUACAAUAUUCUUUUUUUGUUCAACAUUGGAUGUGUACAUUUAUUUUGACAUUUGAUUAUAUCUGAGUAAUAUUGGAUAGUUGAACUCUUGAAUGUCUUAAGAGACAAUUGUAUCAAAUAAGCAUGUUUUCUUUCCUCUCUUAGACUGAGGGAAAACACUUUGACCAAAGCACCUUCAUCAUGACUCUUGUCUUCAUGCUGAGCCAUACCUCAGCACUGCUAUGUGCAGUGAACUGUCAUCCUCUGGUGGGAAGACAACUCACAAAGUCGUAUUAUCAUAAGAAUAGCAUUUCAAUAUGAAUAUUAUGACUGCUUCCGUUGCCAUACUAAAUAAAUUGCACGAGUUUGAUUUUAUUUAUUGUAAUUAUGUAUUACCUUGUUUUUGCAGGCUUUGAAUGAGGUGACAACUGGAAAUGAGGACAUGCACACCUCAGAUACUUUGACAGUGAUCUUGACGUCUCCGACGUAACUGAGGCCGCCAACGAAAACUUAGGUAAGAUCUUGCUUUAAAGAAUGUGUAUCAAAUCUAUUGGAUCUUGUCUACACUAUGCUGUCCAAAGCACAGACAUAUGUUUUUAUUCUCAUUUCUAUUUCUAUGGUCCAAUAAUGACACAAUUAAGGUGAAACCAUGGCAAUGAACUCUGGAUUGAAGUAUUUACCAUUAUUUCCUACCAUGGGCAUUGACAGACAUGAUCCACUCAUCCUAUUUGGAGAUAUUGCUAUGGAAACUAGGAUUCGGAAUGCUUCUCCAUGCACAGCUUGAGAUUGCAAGUGGCCCAAAAACAAGAAUGGGGUUGUUACUGUGCCUGUGUACACUCCUCUUUGUAUAAUGCUGGUCAUAUUUGGGACGUCGAGGUGGUCAACAGCGUGGCUGUGUCCAUCAUGGUACGGUCCAGCAUGAAGUCCUGCAUGCUCUGGGGGUGAUGCACCAUGAGCAGAACCGCGGCGACCGGGACAAUGAUGUCACAGAGAACAUCAGCAAAGGCAAGGAACACAACUUCAGAAAGGUAGAAACCAAUAACUUGAUGACUCCGUAUGACUACACCUCUGUGAUGCACUAUGGAAGGUAUGCAUUCUCUAAAGAGUAUGGUAAGCUGCCAACUACCAUUCCAAAGCCAGACUCUAAUGUUCAGAUCGGAGGGGCCCGACAGAUGAGUCGCCUGGACAUCGUGAGGGUCAACAGGUUGUACUACUGCAGAGGACACUUGAAUAAAUGAAUUUAGAAGACUACAUCAGAUAUUUCAACCAACAACUAUUUGAAAUAAAAACCAAAUACCAGCUAAUCAAUUAGCUUCUGGAUGAGGUCAAAUUCACUUCGCACAAUACUCAUCGCUUUGUAUUGUGUUGUGGAUGCUUCACCACCCAGUUGGUUGCGAUUAUUCUCUCAACCAAAUGUACUUUUUUGUGUCAUUUUGACACUGUUAUUGUAGAUAUUAUUCGGGGUGAUUGUGAGACAUUCAGUACUCAUUGUUCUAUUGCAUUGGUUGUGUGGUUAAUGUUGAUGUGACUUCAUAUCCCAUGUUUCCCCCAUUUAUUAGCAUUCAGAAUCUUGACAGUUACUGUACUGGAUCUAGCUGCAUUCAUAUUUGCUCAAUAAAAGCUCACUGUAUAUAUGCCAAGUGACAGUGCAUUUGU